AUGAAGUUGGAUACGAGGGCAAUGCGCCACCUCGCCUCCGAGGACUGGCGAGUUUUGACGGCAGUCGAGAUGGGAAGCAAAAACCACGAACUCGUCCCCACGCCGUUGAUCGAGAAGAUUUCGCGCCUCCGUGGCGGCGCCAGCGGUGUCCACAGAAGUAUCUCUGCCCUCGCCAAAGUCGGCCUCAUCGCUCGCGUCAAGGAGGCCAAGUACGAUGGUUAUCGUCUUACAUACGGUGGCCUCGAUUAUCUUGCACUACACACCCACGCCAAGCGAAAGGACGUCUACAGUGUCGGAAAUCGAAUCGGUGUUGGAAAGGAGAGUGAUAUUAUGGUUGUUGCAGACGAGACCGGCACCCAACGAGUCCUCAAGAUUCAUCGACUGGGUCGAAUUUCCUUCCGAACCGUUAAGUCGAACCGAGACUACCUUAAGAACAGACAAUCUGGAUCUUGGAUGUACCUGUCGAGGCUAGCAGCCAUGAAGGAGUUUGCUUUCAUGAAGGCCCUUCGCGAAGAGGGGUUCCCCGUACCUGAGCCCAUCGCACAAUCACGGCACACCAUCGUCAUGUCCUUGAUAGAUGCCUUUCCUCUCCGCCAAAUCUCGGACGUCCCUGACCCUGCGUCUCUAUACGCCGACCUAAUCAGCCUUAUCCUUCGCCUUGCGAAGCACGGCCUGAUCCAUGGAGAUUUCAACGAGUUCAACAUCCUGGUCAAGGAGGAGAGGACCAAGUCUGAGGACGGCCAAGAAGUUGUCAACCUCGAACCCAUCAUCAUUGACUUUCCCCAAAUGGUCUCGAUGGAGCAUCAAAAUGCUGAGAUGUAUUUUGACCGAGAUGUGAAUUGCAUAAAGCGCUUCUUCGAAAGGCGCUUUCACUUCGUCACCACCGAACCCGGCCCCUUCUUCAAGAAUGCCAAGAAGACAGUGGGCAAGGAUGGUGUCAAGAGACUCGAUGCCACCGUCGAGGCCUCUGGCUUUACCAAGAAGAUGUUGAAGGACCUGGAGGCUGCCAUCAAGGACAAGGCAGAAACCAAGGAGCAGGCAGCCGACGACGAAGAUGAAGAUGACGAAGACGAGGAGGAUGAGGACGAAGAUGAGGACGAGGAGGGUGAUGGCUCAAGCAAUUCUGGGGGCCUACUUGGCGAGGACGCCAAAAACUCGCCCGACGAGAGCGUCGAAGAGGGCAUCUCUAAACUGACAGUUUAA